AUGCCCAGAGAUGAGUAUAUGGCAUCAUCUACCACUUGUUCAACUUCAUCCAUCUUGGCAUCAAAGGCUUCUUCAUCAUCAUCGCGUCGUCAGUCAUUUCUGAAGCGCUUUACUUCUCCUCCCUCUCCAAUCUCUUCAUCAAAAUCAACUUCGAUCCUGCCUUCUUCUUCCAGACGCAGCACAAUUUCAUCCACCAACAGCAAUGCUACAGCCCCUACAAAAAAUUAUUCAUCCGCAAAACCACCUACUGGCGACAAGCCAGGCAGAUUGCAAUCCAUGCGCCUUAUGCUCAUUGCUUCUGUUUCUCGUAAACGAUCAUCAUCACGAACAUCCAAAAGCGAUAAAAAACCACCACCACCAUCACCAGCCACUCGUAAUAAUCCUCCACCACCACGCCCUUCACCUUUGAUCAUCCGACAACAAAAACAACCUCAAUCACCAUCAUCAUCACCCAUCAAAGAAAAACCAUCUCGUAAAGAGAUGCUGCCCAAUCGACGCAUCUCAAUGAUCUGUGAUCGAAAUAGUAUCCAUAGCAACAUGUCAUCCAUAUGCACUGGUAGUGGUAGUGGUAGCAAUAGCCCAUUAUCGGCAUCGCCUACACCACGGCCCUCAUUAUUGGGAAGGCGUCGACCCAUGUCACAAUUUUGGGGGUUAUCCAAAGUAGAUGAAGAUGACUAUGAUAAUGCAGAGGAUGUCGGAUGUUGGCGUGCAACACAAGGAGCAUCUACCACAACCACGCUUACAUCCAACACAUCAGACCAAUGCAGUACAAGAAGCAAUAGCACGCGCUCUUCAUCUUCAUCGUCGAUCCGCACGGUGUCUGAAAAUACAAAUCCCGGCAGCAAGUUUCUACGUUUGGCUCAAAAAGCCAUUGUUGAUAAACUACCACCAUCAUCCUGUGAACAAGGAAUGCCAGGACCAUCACCACGUGCACCAACACCUAUCGUAUCAACCAGUAGUUCAGUGUAUCCUUCACGAUGGCGUGACAUGAUCCGCUCUAGUGUUAUUAUCGGCGAAUCAACUACUCCAAUGUCAACAACGACGAGGCCUGCUUCGGCUGUUGGCAAUGGUCCUCCUUCUCCUUCCAUUAUUACCAAUGCUAGCAGCUUUGCUUUUAUUUCUGGUACUUCUGGUAUUGCUACCAACAACAACAACAACUCGGGCCGUUCUCGAAGAAGCAGCCUUUUGUUGUCGACACCAAGCAUUCAAAAGAAAGAAGUCAAAGCUAUCUCCGUUUGGCGUAACACAGUGUCACAGCUGCUGAUGCAGUCCGAUGAGAACGAUGAUUACGUCUUUUAUGAUUAUCCCACAUGCACCGCCAAGGAUCUAGCCCUGUGCAAAUUCAUCAUGAACGAGUUGUAUACUACCGAACAAUCGUAUCAUCGUCUCUUGACCCUUAUUCAAACCAGGUACAUGCAGCCAAUGAUGGCCGCCACACACAAUCCAUUGGUCAGGUCCUCAGACGUGGCUGUCCUUUUUCGUCAUUUGCCCGAGAUGAUUGCUUUGUCAGAGAAACUGCUGGCAUGUUUCGAGACGCAUGCAACUCAUCUUUGGAGAGAUUGUGAUGCCAUCCACGUGGGCCAUAUUUUUCAAACGCUUGAGCAAGACAUGGUCGUUUUUCUAAAAUAUGCCGUUCAUUAUCAAACCAAUCUCAAGGCCAUUCGUCGGGCGUGUAACAAUGUCCUCUUUAUCAAGAUCGAACAAGAAUCGCUUGCACGUCGCGAUACGAAUCGCAUGGGUAUGUCCGAUUACCUUAUUGCUCCUUUCCAACGUGUUCCUCGUUAUUGUCUUUUGAUCAAAGACCUCAUGAAACACACCGAACGUGCUGAUCCAGAAUACGCUGAUUUGGACAUUUCCCUGAAAAUGCUAACGGGAUUGACAGUAGCCAUGGAUCAUGUACAGCAAAUGUCACGUUAA